GCUAUAUGUUAAUACGAUAAAGUUUUUAUAGACAACAAAAUAAACUCAGUGAGAAAUUGCAUGCGUAGAUCCCCUUUCAAUUUCAAACAUAUAUAUAUAUAUAACUAUUUCAAUCAAUCAAGCCGCGCCAUACUUUCUAAUAAAUCUGUCACAAUACUUGAAUUCAUAAGCAUUCAAACUAGAUACUCUCUUAUAAAUGUGUCCUCGUGCGACACUUCGGAAUUUGGAUAGUCAUGUUACCAUUUGUGAAAUACCUAUAUUAUAUAUAGAUUUUUUUUACGAAAAAUAAUACAAAAUUUAUACAAUCGAAUUCAUUGUACAUUAGGUAGGGAUUAGGGAAUAUUGAACGCACAAAGUGCACAUAAUAAUAUCACCCAAAACAAUCACCGAAUCACCAACAGAAAGUGCACAGAAACUUGGACAGCAACAAAAACAACAAUGGACCAGUUUAGAUAAAGGCCCAAAAAAGAAAGGGCCAAGCCCUAAAGGCUGAAGCCCAAACUGUGGAAGCAAAUAGACAACCGUAUGGGCACAUAAUAAUUAGCGUGUGGUGGAAUUUACAGAAUUUAAGUUAAUCAGCGGUGAAAAUUCAAAUUAAGUCUGUGCCACGUGUCCACCGACUGGGUCCCACCAUAGAAAAAGGUCAGACCCACAUCCCCACGCCCCCCCAAACCACAACACACCCCACUGAUCCAUCCAUCCAACCCUAAUAACGAAACCAGUAAUAUGGAAGAAAAGAAAAGAAAAAAGAAAAGCGAAAAAUCGAGAAAAGGAAAUUUGUUGGGAGAUAAUAUAAAUUCCCUUUCCUUGGAAGAAAUAAGAAUCAAACUAUAAAAAUGAAAAUAUUUUAAUGAUAAAAACUGAAUAACUCUCACCAAAAGCACACAUUAAAGCCACAAACCCACCCCUUUCUUCCUUCCACCUUUUUUUUUCUUUCUCCCAUCUCUUCAUAUAUAAUCCUCCGCCUCUUCACCCCUAACCUCCCUUCCUUCUCCAUUUUGAUUUUCUUUUUUCUCUUCCCUCACCCAACCCUUCCCUGCUCUCCUUUCCCUUUCCUUCCACCACUCUCUCGUCUCCUUCUCUCUCCCCUGGACGGCGAGCUGUGUCAGCGGCGUGGAACACGAUGCGGGCGGACGAGUGGGUGGCGGCGGCGAUGACCGACGACACGGUGGUGGUCGAGCUGCUGGUGCGCCUGAAGCAGGCGCAGGCCGCGGUUCCAGCCAAACAGCAGCUGAUGCAGACGUAUUAUUCGUCUUUCGGCGGUGGCGGUGCGGUGAUUCCUGUCAGAUGGGGUCUCCGCCUCCCGAGGUCCAAGUCUGCGGCCGCCACGUCAGCUGGCUCCAUGAGAUGCGGCGGCGUCGUUUCUAGAAGGAAGGAAGGCGAUUCUUCCACCAGAUGCAGCCCGACGACUCCGCUUUCCUGGAGCGGCGGCGGCGGCGCCGCGUCUCCCUCCGCCGCCGGCGACGGCUACAAAGAGACGAGCAGCCAUCGCUCUCCCUCCGGUUCCAGAUCCAAGGGCAGUGUUGCUACUGCUGCGGAGAUCACUAGCACUGGAACCACCACCGCCAAGAGAACUAGAAGAAAGAAGACACUAGCUGAACUUAGAGAGGAGGAAUACUUUCUCUGGAAGCAAAGGACACACCUAAAAAAGGAGAUAGAAUCUCUACACGCUACAUUUAAGGACGAGAGAACUAUAAACGAGAAGCUGAAGCGAAUCAAGAUCGACUUGGAUUCGAAUUAUUCCGUCCCCUCCAACGAUAUUGCUUCUUUUGAAGAAGGGGAAAAAAUAACAGAGGAACAGCCUACUACUCAACCUUCCUCAAACAAAGUUCUGCUUCAUCAAUCGGAGUCUUGUAGCAGGACGGAUGAAACAAGUUGCAGUGGGGAUGCUUCAUUCUUGCUCCCUGACCUGAACAUGAUGCCCUCCGAAGAAGAUCCUCCAUCAACUCAUUAGCCUGGUGGUCGGCACCUGCGUCCCAUUAGGAUAGUUAACCACAUAGUACACUUUGCUCUGCUUCGUCAGUUCGUUCGUUGGUUCAGUUCUUUCGUUGGUUCGACUCCCUGCCCUCCCAAAUAAGGUAUGCUGGGGAAGAUCGAACUCAGCCCUUCAAUCAUAAGAUGAUGAUGGCAAAAGAGGUGGUGGGUGGGUGGUGUUUGUAGCAUUGUGAAAUAACCUUGUUGCAGCUUAGCUAGUUGAAAGGGAAAGGAAGAGUCCCCUACUUUUUUUUACCGAAGGUGGGGGCCUCUCACUGCUUUCUGACCACUUCUCUUGGUGGUGUCGUCUCUCCUCCAGAAUGAAGGCCAGCUGCUGAUGCAUGUAUAAGGAAGUUUCUUUCUUCACUUCUCUUCUCCAUUAGCUGUUGAAGAAAAUGCCAAUGAAGGCCUUACUGCUGUAGAGUAGUGACAAAUAGGCAAUAGCCCCCACUAUUAGAAUGUGCAGAAGAUAAAUAUAAAAAUAGCAGAUAUAUAUUUGUUCUGUAGCAAGUUUAGCUUUUUCCUCUUUUCGUUCAUCCCAACAAAAACCUGUGGGGGUA